CCUUCCGGAAAACGUUCCGUAUCUUUCUUUUACAUCUUCGCGUGUGCGGUCUCUUGUAACUUUACUCUACUGUAUACUAAUAAUUAAUUAAAAAUAAGAGAUAAAGAAAAAUUAUUCUAAUUAUAUAGAUAAUAUUUAUAAAUCAUGGCUUUAAAUUUAAGAUUUCUUCGGCUUAAUUUGCCACUUAUCUUUAAACCUACAAUAAAAAAUAAUUUAAAUGGAAGUGUCCAUUUCCAAGCAAAUCGUUUUAUUUUGACAAAUAAAUCAAUAGGCAUGAACGGUUAUGAAUAUAUGAGAUCACAGAUAUCCGAGCAGUUUACAAGCGUAGAAUCUUCAUUUCGUACAAAAAUGAAAGAAAUUGUUAAUGAUGAAAACAGUGUUAUUUUUACAGAAGAUUUAAAAGCUAUGGCUCAUUUAGUAUCUUCUGAAUCUGAAGAUUUAGAUUUAUUUGUUAAAAUGAUAUAUAAAUUUAAUUCUCAAAACAAAGAGUUAAGAUUUGGUAAUUAUGUAUUUGGCCCUGUUAUAAUGAGAGCUUUUAAUUUUGUGGAUAGACCAGAUCUAGCAUUAUCUACAUUUCUUGAUCCAAAUCUAACAUCAUUUUAUGAUCAAAAUAUGAGUUACACGGCUUUGAUGACACUAUUGUACAAUCAUGAAAUGUACAAGGAAAUACGGCAAGUAUUUGAUAUGUGUAAAAUCAGAAACAGUGAUCAAUUUCCAAGAUUUCCAGUUAUUAUUACUGCUGCUGCUUGUUAUCGAGAGAAUACUCCAGAAUCAUAUAGUUAUCUAUUAAACUGUUGGAAAGAAUUGUCUACAAGUAAUCUUCCACCUAUACGUAAAGUUAUAACAUUCUUAGCAGGUCUAGCAUUAAAACAAAAUUCUCCAGAGAUUGCUUUAGAAUUAUUAUCAUUAAUAAAAACACGUUACAUUGAUAGUAGAUGUUUGAAAAUUCUUACAUAUAGUAAGCUUAAGAGAUUUAACGAUGUUAUGUUUUUAUUAAAAAAAUCACUUGAAGGAAAUUAUAAAAUCAAAGAAACAUAUUUUUCAGAUGUGAUUGCAACACUUGAAGUAGAUAUAGAAAAUAGCGAUGAAAAUUUGAAACCAAUAUUACAAAAAUUAAUUACACUGCUAAAAACACAAGAUUAUGUACAAGAAGAGACAUUGGAAUCUCAUUUAAUUAUACCAAUUGAAUAUGUUCCCUUGAAACAUUCAGUUUUGAACCAAAAAAAAGAAUUAGCAAUUAAUGCUCGACAAAAAAGGAUAAUUGGUUUAAAGGAUCUUAUCUAAAUAUCUUUUUAUAAUUUAUUGUAGCAUAUAUUUAUAAAAUAUAUUGUCAAUACAUUCAUAAAACAAUUGUAUUUAAAUAAUACUAUCUUUAAAAUGAUAAAACAUUCAUUUUAA